CCACCAGAUGGCGGCUUAGGAUUGUUCGUCCUGUGAAGACGCGGUGUUAACUAUUCCCAUUUUUAAUUUAAUCAAUUUUCAAACUCGAUAUUUUCUUACGACGUCGAACGGGAAGGGAAAAACGGUUCCAAAAUGGGCAGGGACGAAUUUGCCCAAAUAUGUCUUUCAUAAAGACCAAUCAAGAAAAGGAAGGAGAAAAUACUUUACACAUAAUCAAAUUAAUUGAAAGAUUGCAUAAAAACAAGAGGAAGAAAUUUCAGGACUCUAGCCCAGGUUUGUGUGCAGCAACGGUGCUGAAGAGAUGAUCACUCCAGAGAUACCAGUGUUACAGGAGUCAACCAAUGAAACAACCAUUCAUUCUGAUGUCACUGGUGAAUUCGAUGACCCAGAAGUGAAAGGGCGGAAACGCAGAGCUCGAGGUCCUGGCAGGCCACCGACUGCUAAGAAGGCAAGACGUACUCCAGGAGAAAAAAGUCGUCUUAGCGCAGGUGGUAGAGCAAAUCAGGGAAGAGCUAAUGGUCACCAUCAGCAAAAUGGCGAAGUUGAACCAGUCACACUGUUUGAAGUGGUAAAAAUGGGAAAGAGUGCCAUGCAGUCUGUGGUUGAUGACUGGAUAGAAUCAUAUAAACAAGACAGGGAUAUCGCACUUUUGGACUUGAUCAACUUUUUCAUCCAGUGCUCAGGAUGUAAAGGCACAGUCAGAAUUGAGAUGUUUCGAAAUAUGCAGAAUACAGAAAUAAUCAGGAAAAUGACUGAAGAGUUUGAUGAAGACAGUGGAGAUUAUCCACUAACAAUGCCUGGUCCACAGUGGAAGAAAUUUCGCUCCAAUUUCUGUGAGUUUAUUGGAGUGCUGAUCCGGCAGUGUCAGUACAGUAUUAUUUAUGAUGAAUACAUGAUGGAUACAGUGAUUUCUCUGCUAACUGGGCUUUCAGAUUCCCAAGUUCGAGCCUUCAGGCACACCAGUACGUUGGCUGCCAUGAAGCUGAUGACUGCAUUGGUGAAUGUGGCCUUAAACUUGAGUAUACAUCAGGAUAAUACACAAAGACAGUAUGAAGCUGAAAGGAACAAAAUGAUAGGCAAACGAGCUAAUGAUAGAUUAGAAUUACUUCUACAAAAGAGAAAGGAGCUUCAAGAGAAUCAAGAUGAAAUAGAAAACAUGAUGAACUCUGUUUUCAAGGGUAUUUUUGUGCACAGAUAUCGUGACGCAAUUUCGGAGAUACGAGCCAUCUGUAUUGAGGAAAUAGGUGUGUGGAUGAAGAGCUACAGUGAUGCCUUCCUCAAUGACAGUUAUUUAAAGUAUGUGGGAUGGACAUUACACGAUCGGCAAGGUGAGGUGAGGCUGAAAUGUCUGAAAGCUUUGCAGUCGCUCUACACUAAUAAGGAACUCUUUCCGAAACUAGAACUCUUCACCAAUCGGUUCAAGGAUCGUAUCGUGUCUAUGACAUUAGACAAAGAAUAUGAUGUUGCUGUGGAAGCUAUUCGAUUGGUUACUUUGAUAUUGCAGGGAAGUGAGGAAGCAUUGUCUAAUGAAGAUUGUGAGAAUGUAUAUCACCUGGUAUAUUCUGCACACCGUCCUGUCGCUGUGGCAGCUGGGGAAUUCCUAAACAAAAAAUUGUUCAGCAGACAUGAUCCACAAGCAGAAGAAGCCUACGCUAAGAGUAGAGGAAGGCAUAGUGCAAAUGGAAAUCUUAUUAAAAUGUUGGUACUUUUCUUCCUAGAGAGUGAGUUGCAUGAACAUGCAGCUUAUCUAGUGGAUAGUCUGUGGGAAAGUUCCCAGGAACUUCUGAAAGAUUGGGAAUGUAUGGUAGAACUGCUUCUGGAAGAGCCUAUACAAGGAGAGGAAGGUAUGACUGACAGGCAGGAGACUGCACUUAUAGAGCUAAUGGUGUGUACAAUUCGUCAAGCUGCAGAGGCACAUCCUCCAGUCGGAAGAGGAACUGGCAAAAGGGUGUUGACUGCAAAGGAGAGAAAAACACAAAUAGAUGACCGGACUAAAUUGACAGAACAGUUCAUUGUAGCACUUCCUAUGCUGCUGGGAAAGUAUUCAGCUGAUUCUGAGAAAGUGGCAAAUUUAUUGCAAAUCCCUCAGUACUUUGAUCUGGAGCUUUAUAGUACUGGAAGAAUGGAAAAGCAUCUAGAUGCAUUAUUAAAACAAACCAAGUUUGUUGUUGAAAAACACAUAGAGUCGGAUGUUUUGGAAUCUUGCAGCAAAACGUAUAAUAUUCUGUGUAGUGAAGAAUACACAAUCCAGAACCGUGUUAACAUUGCACGGAGUCAGAUGAUUGAUGAGCUGGUAGAGCGAUUCAGCCAGUCAGUUGAAGACUUGUUGCAGGAGGGCGAAGAAGCAGAUGAUGAUGACAUUUAUAAUGUUCUCUCUACUUUGAAGAGAUUAACUGCCUUCCACAAUGCUCAUGAUCUCACAAAAUGGGAACUGUUUGGGAACUGCUACAGACUUCUGAAGAGCGGAAUUGAACUAGGUUCUAUGCCAGAACAGAUAGUGGUCCAGGCACUCCAAUGCUGCCACUACUCAAUUUUGUGGCAGCUUGUCAAGAUAGCAGAAAGUUCCCCAACUAAGGAUGAACUACUUGGUUUGAGAAAAACAGUGAAAGCAUUCUGUAUUGUCUGUCAGCACUGUUUAACAAAUGUCAACCCUUCUGUCAAAGAGCAGGCAUUCAUGUUGCUUUGUGAUCUCCUGAUGAUAUUCAGUCACCAGUUGACAACUGGUGGCAGAGAUGGACUCAAACCCCUUGUUUACAACCCAGACACUGGGCUGCAAUCAGAGUUGCUCAGCUUUGUAAUGGAUCAUGUAUUUAUUGAUCAAGAUGAGGAGAACCAGAGCAUGGAGGGAGAUGAGGAAGAUGAAGCCAAUAAAAUUGAAGCUCUCCACAAAAGAAGAAACCUCCUGGCAGGAUUUUGCAAGCUUAUAAUUUAUGAUGUUGUGGAUAUGAAUGCUGCUGCAGACAUCUUCAAGCAUUAUAUGAAGUAUUACAAUGACUAUGGAGACAUCAUAAAAGAGACAUUGAGUAAGACCAGACAAAUCGACAAAAUUCAAUGUGCCAAGACACUUAUUCUCAGUUUACAGCAGCUGUUCAAUGAGCUUGUCCAGGAACAAGGCCCUAACCUUGACAGAUCAUCAGCCCACGUCAGUGGUAUUAAAGAACUUGCUCGACGGUUUGCUCUUACAUUUGGUCUGGAUCAAAUCAAGACCAGGGAAGCUGUUGCCACCUUACACAAGGAUGGUAUAGAGUUUGCUUUUAAGUAUCCAAACCAAAAUGGACCAGACUAUCCGCCAUCAAAUCUUGCUUUCCUUGAAAUUCUGAGUGAAUUCUCAUCUAAGCUUCUGCGACAAGACAAAAAAACUGUGCAUGCAUACCUGGAGAAAUUCAUGUCUGAACAAAUGAUGGAGCGAAGAGAGGAUAUCUGGCUGCCCCUGAUCUCCUAUCGCAAUUCAUUGCUAACUGGUGGUGAAGAUGACAGAAUGUCAGUGAUCAGUGGAGGCAGCAGCAGUAAAGCUUCUACAAUACGUAGUAAGAAAGGGCGUCCACCUCACAGCAAGAGGCGAACUGAAGAAGAAAGUGUGGAUAGUACGUGGAUGAACAGGAAUGAUACCAUUCAGACUCCAGCAGUUAUGCAUGCUCCACAAUUAACUUCUACAGUCAUGCGGGAAAACCCUCGGCAAGCAGCAGAACAUAGUAUGGAAGAUCAGGAAUCUGAACGUGGAUCAGAAUCAGAUUUUGUGCAGAACCCUCAGAUGCAAAUGACCUGGUUGGGCCAGCACAAGCUGGAGGAGGCACACCGAAAAGACAGAGUGGCCAUGAACUACAUGAAAGCAAGAGGUGGUGUAAGGCAACCAGUCCGCAGCCACAGUUUAAUGGAAGAUGAUGCAGAACCAAUUUUUGAAGAUGUAAUGAUGUCAUCGAGAGGUCAGUUGGAGGAUAUGAAUGAAGAAUUUGAAGACACUAUGGUUAUUGAUCUGCCUCCAUCACGAAACAGACGUGAACGAGCUGAACUCAGACCAGAUUUCUUCGAUUCCACUGCCAUAAUGGAAGACGAUUCGGGCUUUGGAAUGCCUAUGUUCUGAGAGACUGCUGGAAGUUUUAUAUUUUUAAGAACUCCAUCGUCUAAAGAGAAUUCAAGAUCUAAAUACUGUGACAGCAACUUUUAAACUAAAUUUUACAUAUUCAAGAUCUGAUUUAUUUUUUAUCAAAGGAUAAACUUGAUGAAGAUUUGAUUAUGAUAAAUGGGGAAGCAUGAAGAAGGAAGCACUAAUUGUCUGUUUCUGAGACAGAUUAUUCUUAUGGACCGAAAAAAGUGGCAACUUCUUCGAAGAAUUACACCCCCACCCCCCCCCCCCCCCUUCCCCACCCCCAAAAUUGAUCUGACUCACAGACUGUACCACUGCUGAGGAGUGCUAACAGUAGGAUUAAAAGAAAUUGUUAUAUAUAUCAACCAGGAAUAAAUUGUAUUGAAAUCAUGAAGGCAUAUUUAAAAAGAUAGGGUGGAACAUACAGCAGAUGACACCAAAAGUACAGAGAUCCCUAUGAGUUUUUGUAAUUUUUUUCUGCUGUACAGUUUAAUAUAAAGAACUUUUGAGAUCAGCAGUUUAUGUUAUGUUUUUUAAUUCAAGCUUAAAUUUUUCAGAGGGCAGCAAUGCUGAAAAACUAGGUUAGGAGCAAGGCAAUUUUCUCACACUGGAGUUUGGUUUCUUUGUGGUACGCAUUUAUUUUCUUGAGGGGGUGGGAUGGGUAACUGGAAAUCAAUUGCAAAAAGUAUAUACAGUACAUGUAUAAAUGGAUAGUAGGUUCUGCGGGGGCUUUUUAGAUAUGAGAAGUAUUGCUGCCGCAAAACACAGGUAACAGAAUAAUCCAGAGGUUUCCUUCCUUUUUAUUACCAAUGUCUUAUGUGUAUGUCACAGCAAGCUACUUCUUUUCAUAAUAAAAGCUGCCUUAUUUACUGUGAAAACUA